UCCUCUCUAUGAUUAGCCCGACUUCCGGUGCCUCCCGGAUGCGGAAGUGGCUCCGGGUAUGCGGGGGAAGCUAUGGCGGAUCUAGCGGCUUUAGAGGAGCUCGCCAAGCUCGAGUACUUGUCGCUGGUCUCCAAAGUCUGCACCGAGCUCGACAACCACCUGGGCAUUAACGACAAGGACCUGGCCGAAUUUGUGAUCAAUCUUGCCGAGAAAAACACCACGUUUGACACGUUUAAAGCUGUUCUCCAAAAGAAUGGGGCUGAGUUCACUGAUUCCCUUAUUAGUAACUUGCUGCGCCUCAUACAGACAAUGCGGCCUCCAUCAAAACCAUCCACAAGUAAAGAGGCCGUUGUCAAACCCAAGUCGGAAAAGGAAAGGUUGAAGGAAUUAUUUCCAGCCCUUUGCAGGCCAGACAAUCCCAGCGUUAGGAAUAUGCUGGAUGAAGAUGAUGUGAAAGUGGCAGCUGAUGCACUUAAAGAACUUGAAGCUCUGAUGCCUAGUGCAGACAGGCAAGGCAAACAAAGGAACAAUGAACACCGGGCAAAGAAAAAGAGGAGGAGCCGAAGCCGGAGCAGGGACAGGAAACGAAGGCACAGAUCUCGCUCUAGGUCUCAUUCCAGGACUCGGGAUAGGAACAGGGGUAAAUCCAGAUACUACUCAAGGAGCAGGAGCAGGAGUCCAAGUAAGGACCGUAGGGAUCGAGACAAGUAUGUUGAGAAGAGCAAUGAGAGAUGGAGAGACAAGCAUGUCGACCGUCCACCACCUGAGGAGCCUUCCAUUGGAGACAUUUACAAUGGCAAAGUCACCAGUAUAAUGCAGUUUGGGUGCUUUGUGCAGCUGGAAGGUCUGAGGAAGCGUUGGGAGGGCUUGGUCCACAUCUCAGAGCUUCGAAGAGAAGGACGUGUUGCCAACGUUGCUGAUGUUGUGAGCAAAGGUCAAAGAGUAAAGGUCAAAGUGUUAUCCUUUACUGGAUCCAAAACCAGCCUGAGCAUGAAGGAUGUUGAUCAAGACACUGGAGAAGACUUGAAUCCAAAUCGGAGGAGAAAUUUGGUUGGAGAAACCAAUGAAGAAACUUCUAUGAGAAACCCAGACAGACCCAGUCACCUGUCCUUGGUGAAUGCCCCGGAGGUGGAGGAUGAUACCUUGGAACGGAAACGGCUCACCCGAAUUUCAGACCCAGAGAAAUGGGAAAUAAAGCAGAUGAUUGCUGCUAACGUGCUUUCUAAGGAAGAGUUUCCUGACUUUGAUGAGGAGACUGGGAUUCUUCCUAAAGUUGAUGAUGAAGAAGAUGAAGAUCUUGAGAUUGAGUUAGUUGAAGAGGAACCACCAUUCCUUCGAGGUCAUACUAAACAGAGCAUGGAUAUGAGUCCUAUAAAAAUAGUAAAGAAUCCAGAUGGUUCAUUGUCCCAGGCUGCAAUGAUGCAGAGUGCUUUAGCUAAAGAAAGAAGGGAACUUAAACAAGCCCAAAGAGAAGCAGAGAUGGAUUCUAUCCCCAUGGGACUCAACACACAUUGGGUGGAUCCUCUCCCUGAUGUGGAUGGAAGACAAAUAGCUGCAAAUAUGCGAGGUAUUGGGAUGAUGCCCAAUGAUAUCCCAGAGUGGAAGAAACAUGCGUUUGGUGGCAACAAAGCCUCUUAUGGUAAGAAGACACAGCUUUCUAUCAUUGAGCAGAGAGAAAGUCUCCCAAUCUUCAGACUGAAGGAGCAGCUGAUACAAGCUGUGCACGACAACCAGAUUCUGAUUGUUAUUGGAGAGACAGGAUCUGGGAAAACAACACAGAUAACCCAAUACCUGGCUGAGGCAGGGUAUACAUCAAGAGGAAAGAUUGGAUGCACUCAGCCUCGCAGAGUGGCUGCAAUGUCUGUUGCGAAGAGAGUGUCAGAAGAAUUUGGUUGCUGUUUGGGGCAAGAGGUUGGCUACACCAUUCGAUUUGAAGACUGUACUAGCCCUGAAACUGUCAUCAAGUACAUGACAGAUGGUAUGUUACUGAGAGAGUGCUUGAUAGAUCCUGAUCUGACUCAGUAUGCCAUUAUUAUGCUGGAUGAAGCCCAUGAGAGGACAAUUCACACAGAUGUGCUCUUUGGACUCCUGAAGAAGACAGUGCAGAAACGGCAGGAUAUGAAGUUGAUAGUGACGUCGGCAACACUGGAUGCUGUGAAGUUCUCUCAGUAUUUCUAUGAGGCUCCAAUCUUCACAAUUCCUGGCAGAACAUAUCCAGUCGAAAUUCUGUACACAAAAGAGCCAGAGACAGAUUAUUUGGAUGCUAGUCUGAUUACAGUAAUGCAGAUCCACUUAACCGAACCACCAGGCGAUAUUUUGGUGUUUCUAACUGGCCAGGAGGAGAUUGACACAGCCUGUGAGAUCCUUUAUGAAAGGAUGAAAUCUCUGGGACCUGAUGUUCCAGAGCUGAUUAUCCUCCCGGUAUAUUCAGCCUUACCCAGUGAAAUGCAAACCAGGAUCUUCGACCCAGCCCCACCAGGAAGCAGAAAGGUUGUUAUUGCCACUAACAUUGCUGAGACAUCGCUUACUAUUGAUGGAAUAUAUUAUGUAGUCGAUCCUGGCUUUGUGAAACAGAAGGUAUACAACUCCAAGACUGGGAUUGACCAGCUGGUUGUUACACCAAUCUCACAGGCUCAAGCAAAGCAGCGAGCAGGAAGAGCUGGGAGAACAGGACCUGGGAAAUGCUAUAGGCUGUACACAGAGCGUGCUUAUCGAGAUGAAAUGCUAACAACCAACGUGCCUGAAAUCCAGAGAACAAAUUUAGCCAGUACAGUACUCUCCCUCAAGGCUAUGGGCAUCAAUGAUUUGCUGUCCUUUGACUUUAUGGAUGCUCCCCCAAUGGAAACUCUCAUCACUGCCAUGGAGCAGCUGUACACUCUGGGAGCUCUGGAUGAUGAGGGAUUACUCACUCGACUUGGGCGCAGGAUGGCAGAAUUCCCCUUGGAACCCAUGUUGUGUAAAAUGUUGAUCAUGUCUGUACAUCUGGGAUGCAGUGAGGAAAUGUUGACAAUAGUCUCCAUGCUGUCUGUUCAGAAUGUGUUCUACAGGCCAAAGGAUAAACAAGCACUUGCUGAUCAGAAGAAAGCCAAGUUCCAUCAGACAGAAGGUGACCACCUCACUCUGCUGGCUGUGUACAAUUCCUGGAAGAACAAUAAGUUUUCCAAUCCUUGGUGCUAUGAAAACUUUAUCCAAGCCCGCUCCUUACGCAGGGCACAGGACAUCCGCAAGCAGAUGUUGGGCAUUAUGGACAGGCACAAACUGGAUGUGGUGUCCUGUGGCAAGGCAACAGUUCGAGUCCAGAAGGCCAUUUGCAGUGGUUUCUUCCGAAAUGCAGCAAAGAAGGAUCCUCAGGAGGGUUAUCGAACGCUCAUUGAUCAACAAGUAGUCUAUAUUCACCCAUCCAGUGCUCUCUUCAACAGGCAGCCAGAAUGGGUGGUGUAUCACGAACUGGUGCUGACCACUAAGGAAUACAUGCGUGAAGUGACAACCAUUGAUCCCCGCUGGCUGGUGGAAUUUGCACCAGCAUUCUUCAAGGUUUCAGAUCCAACCAAACUGAGCAAACAGAAGAAGCAGCAGAGGCUUGAACCUCUGUACAACCGCUACGAGGAGCCCAACGCCUGGAGAAUAUCGCGUGCGUUCCGACGCCGAUAACCUCCCUGCUCUCCUCCAAAAACAGACUGCUUUUCUAUGUGAUUUUUAGACUGUUGUGUCCAAAAGCAAAUCCAAAAGCAAGUGUCCUUUCUUUUAGAACGCUUGCAAUUGGAGUUUACUUACAAAGUUGACAGGAAAGAGGUGUUUUCAGAGAAAAAGCACAAGGGGGCGGUGCUUGCUUAUGUCAGCUGCUCUUCAGAUUUCUACAGCAGUGUGACAAAUGUCCUCUGUAUUGCAUCACUUCAAAAACGGUCCUUGAAACACUUUUUGAGUCAUUCCCAUUUUUUUUUUCUUUUCUUUUUUUAGAGACAAAACCUUAAGGCUCAGAAAUCUGAGCAGAGCAACAACAAUAAAAAGGCAGUGGUUAAGAAAUAGCUGCUAACCAACCUCACUGUUUGGAAUGACCAGAUUUAUUUCUUUACUCUGCUAAGGGACUUAUUUCAACUUACACUCUCAGACAGUGGCUGUUUUGAGGGAGCUGCUUAUUCUGCAUUUUUCCUGUUCACUUUUUGUCCCUUCUGCAAUGAGCUAUUUAGUAUCUAUGGCUUUGGAAUAAUGCAGGAAAGAUCCCUUGAAACUCAGCUAGAAUGUCUGUUACACUUGGAUAAUGGCACAGGUCAGACUGCAAGUCUUAUCCUUCCUCACCAUCUCCUAUGUGCUGAAGGCUAGUAUAUCAAAUGAUAAUUAACCACAUCCACUCUGUAGCACGGCUCUGUCUAUGAGCAUAAGUGGUUGCAGAUGUUUGGACUUUCUCUACAAUGUGUCAUGUGUUUUAUUUCCACUUACAAUGCUUGGUGACAUCACAACUGUUGGUUUUUCAAUAGAAUAUUCUCUUACAGCUGAAAUGUCUGUAAAACACGGUGUAACAGUUCCCUGUUUAAGAGCAGAUCUGACUGCCCAGUGUGCACUAUGUCAUGCUGGAGGUAUCUGUAAAUUGUUUUAUUUUUUUUUCUGUU